UGAACUCGUUUAACUGGAGGGCGGUGCUUACGCAUUGCUCAGCCAUGUGUUCAUCAAUAGAAUGUGAGUUCACGUUCACCUUUCCUGAUGUCCAGAAGGAUAUUUCAGUCAGUUAUAUGGUCACUAUUCCAUCAUUGAUGCCAGCAAAGGAACUGGCUUAUCAGAUCUUGGAUGCAUGCAAGCUUCCUUGCUAUGUGGAAGAAGAUUUACUUAGUUCACUGGAGGGUUUUGUGUCAGAAAAAACAAAAACAUUUCUUGAUGAAAGAGCAGAACAAAAUAUCAGACCCUACCAGACAGGAGAUGCUGAUAUGGAGUCUCUAGUUGAAAGAUGGAGUCGAGCAUUCCGAGAGGAGCACACAAUGUAUGCAAAACCUGAAGAAGAGUUGAGUGAAACGUCAUUUCCUGAGAUGUAUCACAGUCUCAUCCAUUCUCCUGCUUUAGAUACAAUGCUACACCUAGAUCACACGUACGCUAUGGCAGUAGAAGAAAUGGUGAGGGAAAAGGAGGAAACCCUUGAGUUGCUGUUGAAAAGACAGUCUAAAGAAAUGGAGAUGGCCGUAGAGAAAGUAGGGCUUGUCUACAGUGAUCAAGAUAUAAACAGCAUGGCAGCUCGACACUUUGAGGAAACUGAGCGAGUAACGGAAGAUUGGAACAAGCGGAUUUCUAAAAUGAAAGAAAUCCAGCGACGAGAAUUUCGAGAAUGGGUUACUAAAGUUCAUGAAGAUUAUGAUAGUGGAGGUGGUUCCAGAGAAAACAUACAAAGUAGAAUUCGAGCAGUUUCAGAAGCUUUGCCUCUAGGACGAGAAGACUUGUGGACGACUCAUCAGAUGGCUAUGGAAGAAAGCUUUACUAUUCACCUAGGUUCACAACUGAAGACUAACCCUAUGCUAAGUUUCUGUUUUGUUUUUUAG